CGGCCAUCGCUGCACUUCCCCAGUUCCUCGUUGGCUCCUCGAGCCUCGAGGCCGGGCACGCUCGCACUCAAUGACAUCUACUCGAAAACGCACCAUUGACUCUGCACCAGACGAGGGGCCUAACAAACGCCCCAGGACCAACUCCGCACACGCUACCAUGACGGACAGUGCCACUCACAGACUACCGAGCGCAGAGGCACCCACCGAUGCGCAGGCUCAGCAAGAGGUGGCACCAACAGCGGCCGCCCAGCAGGACGUCCAGGAGGCGCGGAGGCCGGAGAAGAGUGGCGGGAACGCGGUCGCUGGUCCUUCUAAACCUCGGCAUACCAUCCGCAAACUCGACCCACCGCGUCCAUUCCCUACAGUCCCAGCCUCGGUCUCUGCGACGGGACCCCGUUCGGCCCACACGGAGGGCAAGAACUACAUUUGCAUCACGCGUAAGACGCAACUUGGCGCGUAUCUGCGGCGGUGUAAGGAUGUCAUCAUGAAAGACGGGUAUAAGACACUACAUCUGAGCGCCAUGGGUGCGGCCAUCCCGCAACUCAUGCAACUCACGCUGUCACUGCCUGGCAUCCUACCUCACGCGCCAGAUGAGAUUCGUAGGGAAGUGCAGACGGGGACAGUGCAAGUGCAGGACGAAGUUAUUCCUGACGACGAGGACGAGGACAUCACGUAUCAGGUUCGAGGAAAGUCGACUGUGAGUGUCGUCAUCACGAUCGGCGACGGCGUGGACGAGGGCAGCGGGAGGAGCAAGGCGCGAAGUCAUGGCAAGCGGGUGCAGUCUACGGUGGCGGCUGCAGGCGGCAAUACUGGAGCAGGCAGGGCAGCAGGGAGAAAGAGUAAGCAAACAGCGGCCGCUGCACGGACUACUAGCACGAGUCAAGGAUUGGGUUCUUCAUAACUUAAAUCCAUAUCGUCUAUGUCGUUUGUAGGCCUCUGAGUCUCAGUCUUGGCAAGUGUAAAGUUUCGCAAUCAUCCUUACUCUUGCUAGUUGUGGCAGUAC